AAGAAAAAGUUAAAAAGUAACAGAAGAAACGAAAAAAAAAAACCAAAACACAACAAACCAAACAACAUAGUUUCUCUCAUCCACUAGAAGUGUUUAUCAGUAAUUUCAUAGUUUCGAAAAACCACCGUAUCACCGUUUCCUCUAAUAAACGGGCGCAAAAAACAUUCUCGGGUUUUCGGGUUACGCAUGUGCUUUUGUUCGCCCCCUGUCGUCGCCGUUAUUGUUAUAGUUGAAGUUUUUCUCUUGUUUUCAUCGUGAAAACAAGUUUACGAACAUUGUUAAACGACCCUAACACUUUCUGUUUUUGUUUUUGGAGUACCACUUUAUCUACAGAAAAGUUUUUAAAAAACCCAAAACAUUUGAACAGUACAAGUAAAUCUAUCAAACUAGCAAUCUAUCUAUCUAUCUAUCUAUCUAUCUAUCUAUCUAUCUAUCUAUCUAUCUAUCUAUCUAUCUAUCUUUCUGUCUGUCUGUCUAUCUGUUUGCUUCUGUCUCCCUGUAUAGAUAUAUAGAUUGAUAGAUAUACAUACACAUAUUUAAGGAUGCAUCGCGGUGAAAAAUAUGAACUGUCUCCAUCCGAUUCUGGUCCGGCACCAAGUCAAAGGACGUCUUUCACGGAGAAGUUCGCCUCAUACUAUGGCAAUAUACGUGGACUUCUACUGGGAAGCAACUUGAUUGGUCGUCGUUCAGCCUGCAAUGAGAAUUUGUUCUCUGAAGAAGCUCAGCUAACAGCUUUCAAGAAGGAGAAAGAAGAGGGACAACUUAGGCCACGUUCAGUCGAUUUACAACGAAAUGUCAACCGCUACGGACACAGAACCAACCAAUAUGAGUUACCAAAUCUCAUACUUCGUCGUGGUCAGCCAUUUGAAAUACAUAUUGUGUUUGACCGAAACUUUGUACCAUCUGAAGAUACAAUUGUUCUAAAAUUUGUUACUGGAAGCCGUCCACUUCAAAGUAAAGGUACAGUGGUUUCUGUAAAUCGCGUUCAAGAACUGAAAUCGAACCAAUGGGGUUACGAAAUAACCAGUGUAGAAGAAAAGAAAGUGGCUAUGCGAGUUAGCUCGGCGUCUGAUUGUAUUGUUGGUAGAUACCAGUUUUAUGUGGAUACAUGCCGUGGGAACCAGCAAAAUGCCGUUGAUAGCUACCGCUUUAAGAACCCUGAUGAUAUUUACAUCCUUUUUAACCCAUGGAGUCCAGCUGAUAAUGUCUAUUUGGAAGACGAGGAUGAACGUCAACAUCACUGCCUUAGUGAAACUGGACGUAUUUGGUUGGGGACUGUUGGAAAAUUUUGUGUAAGACCGUGGAACUUUGCCCAGUUUGAUGACGUGUGCCUUAUGGCAGCUCUCGCUUUAAUGGACAAGUCGGAACUCGGAGACCAAGCUAGAGGCUGUCCCAUUCGUGUUGUCCGAGCUCUGUGUAGAGCAAUCAAUAAUAACGAACGUGAUGGUGGUGUUCUAGUUGGUAACUGGUCAGGAAAAUAUGACGAUGGUAUGGCUCCCUAUGCUUGGAAUGGUAGUGCUGCAAUUUUGGAAGAAUUCCUUAAGAAACGGAAAGGAGUAAAGUUCGGCCAGUGCUGGACAUUUUCGGCUGUUGCAACUACUAUAUUUCGAACGCUUGGCAUUCCAACACGUUGUGUAACUAAUUUUAAGUCGGCCCAUGACAGUGAUUACAGUGGUCCAGUGGACGCAUAUUGGUCGCCUGAAGGAAAACCGCGGAAACUGUACGACGAUGCUAUUUGGGACUUCCAUGUUUGGAAUGAGUCUUGGUUUAAACGCCCUGAUUUACCUCCAGGUUAUGAUGGUUGGCAGGCUUACGAUGCCACCCCACAAGAAGUCAGUGAAGGUGUCUUCACAUGUGGCCCUGCUCCGGUUAAAGGUAUAAGGGAAGGCGAUCUCCAUUUAGGAUAUGACACAAAAUUCCUGUUUUCUGAAAUCCAUGGAGACCGUGUUCACUGGGUGUUGGAUUCUAUGGGAAACAUGACACCCUUUGCAGUCGAGAAGAAUGCUGUCGGUCGUUCUAUCAGCACGAAAGCAGUAAAUACAAUUUCUAGGGAUGAUUUGACUCAACAUUACAAGUAUCCGGACGGUAGUCCUGAGCUAGCAGCUUGCAUGGAGAAAGCUAAGAAACACGCACUACGAUCUCUACCCGAAAUUCCUGCCCCGAGCAAAAGUGACAUUGACUUUACGUUUACAGGAGAGGGAUAUCGAACUGGGGAUGUUAGUGCGUCUCUUCGAAUCAAAAAUAACUCGGCUUCUUCUCGCAUUAUCUCUGUACACUUGUGUGCAGCAGCUGCAUAUUAUACCGGCGUACCAGCGAAUGAUUUAAAAGAGAAUUCCAACAAUGCACAGCUUGAACCACAUGCAGAAACUGUUGUCAGUCUGUCAUUGAAAUGCAACGAAUACGUCAACAAUCGGGAUCCUGACGCCCAUAUUGUGAUGUACUGCAAAGCAAUAGUGAAAGAGACGAACCAAAGAUACAUCACUAGGGAAACAUUCUGGCUGGACAAACCGCAUUUAGAUCUAAAGUCUGACACAAGGGUUCCUAUCGGAAAAGCUUUUGAUGUUCUUGUUAAGUUCACCAAUACAUUGACUAUUCCAUUGACUGGAGGCCAUUUGAAUAUCGAAGGACCUGGAAUGCAAAGAGUGCCUUCAAUUAAAAUAAAGAAAGCAAUUGCGCCUGGUGAAGAAUUCAGAGAAACGGUUCAACUGAAAGCUCGACGUAUAGGAAGAAAAGAAGUGAUUGCCAAUUUCUACUGCAAACAAAUUGUGGACAUCACAGGUGUCAUUGAGGUAGAUGUUGUGGAAGAAUCAAAAGCCAGUUAAAAUUACACCUGGCUGACAAGAAUUAAUUUUUCUAAGAAUUAAUACAAAUACUAUAAAUGUUCACUUAUGGAGAAAUAAAGACAUAUAAACCUACAA